AUGGAGCCCCAGCCGCGAAGUUUCAACGGAGUGGACGAGUCUCAGCUGCAUCUGGUGCGGCACGACACAUGCAAGCUGGAGAAGGUGGGGGGGCGAGGGGGGGAUGACUACGGUGCGUGGAGCCUCUGCACCAAUCACGUGCGGCCAGGUGGCAUCGUGUACUCGUUUGGCAUCGGCGCUGACGUGUCCUUUGACAACGGGAUGGUCAACCGCGGGCAUAAGCACUGUCCUCUGAGCGCGUGUAAGCCAUGUUCAGGCAACGCGACCACCACAGGACAGGUAGAAGAUGCGUUUGAGCUGACUCAAAGUCCUGCAGGAGCGCAGGUGCAAGCCAUGUUGAGGGACCACCAAAGCUCCCCCCCCUUAUUUUUCCCUUCUCACACCGGCGUCUCUUCCUGCGUCCCUCUCUUCUCGUUCCCUCCCCCGUCUCUCUCCCAGGUAUUCGGAUUCGACCCCACAGUCCCCCCGGAGCGCGUGCAAGCCAUGUUCAAGGACCAUCACAGUCGCGAUCAGCCGGCCGCCUUCCAGUUCCGUCAACUCGGCCUGGCCGGCACUGACGGCAUCGUCACCUUCUUCCACUCCAAGAACCCGCGCGUGCAGUCCAUGACGGCCGUCAAACCGGAAAAACUUGCCGGCCGGUUCGAGAGCCAGGGGAUGCCGGCGCCGGUGCUGCGAUUGCCAACGUUUAUGUGCGGGAACGGGCAUGGAUUCGUGGAUGUGUUGAAAAUGGACGUGGAGGGGGUGGAGUUCGACGUGUGCGACGCGUGGCUUCGCAUGAAAACGCCGCUGCCGUUCGGUCAGAUCUUGAUUGAGUUUCACGAUCGCAUGGUGACAGAUGCGAAAGCGCGAAAGGGCGCGUGCUUGCGCGCGCUGCAGCGAAACGGGUUUGUGGAGGUGUAUGUGAGCGAGAACUUUCAAGAAGCCACGUACGCUCGCAUGGCGCCUAAGGGAUGA